AUUUGCCACUUCCUUGGCCAAUGGGAGCCGGAGCACUUUUCCAUCAAACCUCCCUUUUUCAGGAUUUGCCGAGAGGCGAAGCUCUCCAAAUGUUACCGCUGCGGGAUCGAAGUUAGACUUGACGCGGACAGCUCCGACUCUCUCUCUCUCUGUCUCUCUCUCUCUUUCUCAGGCUACUAUUUACCACAACUACUACUACUAUUACUACUACUACUGCUGCUGCUGCUGCUGCUGCUGCUGCUACAGCUCCUCUCUGAAUUCUCCCCCUAAACUCUCGGGACGAAUGAAGACUGAAGGAUCCGCACGGAUUUGGGCGCAUAAUGUUGGGAUGGAGUUUCGCGACUUGUUUGGCUCCUCCGUGGACGAGUAGAAGAGCGAGGUUUCCGUCGCCGGCGGUGCCGCGGCCGCAGCUGGAUGCGCUCCGCUUCUAUGUUGGAUUAUCGCCGUCGCUUUCCCUGAACUCGCACCGAUUCCUCCGCGUCGCGUCGGCCCCAGCUCAUCCCCUCCGUGGACUAUGGCCUCGGACCGCGGGGUCCCGGGGGCCACCGGCGGCGUCUUUGGAGAUUUACCCCCGAGUUAUGCGCGCUCCCAGCCGCCUGCGAACCCAGACCUUCUCCGGAGACCCAGCUACUGCCACGCUGCUUUCGCACUUAAACAGAUCUCAAAGGGAAAGGCGGUAGGUCAGAAAGCUCCUCUGUGGAUCCGGGCGAGGUUCCAGGCCUUCCUGUUCUCUCUGGGCUGCCACAUCCAGAGGCACUGUGGGAAGGUCCUCUUUAUCGGACUCUUAGUGUUCGGGGCUCUGUCUGUGGGACUCCGAGUCGCAGCCAUCGAAACAAACAUCGAGCAGCUGUGGGUUGAAGCUGGCAGUCGGGUGAGCACAGAACUUCGCUACACCAAGGAGAAGCAAGGAGAAGAGUCUGUAUUUACCUCACAGAUGCUUAUCCAGACCCCCAAAGAAGAAGGCACUAAUAUUCUUACCCAGGAGGCUUUGYUGGUUCACAUGGAAGCCGCCCUGUCUGCCAGCAGGGUGCAGGUGUCGCUGUUUGGGAAAUCGUGGGAUCUUAAUAAAAUAUGCUACAAGUCAGGAGUGCCUAUCAUCGAAAACGUCAUGAUUGAAAGGAUGAUUGACAAGCUUUUCCCCUGUAUGAUAAUCACCCCAUUGGACUGUUUCUGGGAAGGGGCCAAACUACAAGGAGGUUCUGCCUAUUUACCGGGUAUGCCAGAUAUCCAGUGGAUGAAUUUAGAUCCUGUCAAACUGAUGGAGGAGUUGAGCCAGUUCACUUCCCUGGAAGGGUUUAAGGAGAUGUUGGACAAAGCUCAGGUGGGACAUGCUUACAUGAACAGGCCCUGUCUUGACCCGUCAGACACCGACUGUCCUCUCAGUGCACCCAAUAAGGAAAAGGAGGAGAGUCCUGACAUUGCUGGGCGUCUCCAGGGUGGCUGCCAUGGUUUCAGCCGGAAGUUCAUGCACUGGCAGGAGGAGCUCAUCCUGGGAGGGCGGGUCAAAAGCAUCCCGGAUACUCUGCUGAGUGCGGAGGCUCUCCAAACCAUGUUCCUGUUGAUGAGUCCCAAACAGCUGUACGAGCACUUUAAAGAUGACUACGAGAUCCAUGACAUCAACUGGAAUGAAGAAAAGGCUACCGCUAUCCUCGAGUCGUGGCAGAGGAAAUUCGUGGAGGUGGUUCACCAGAGCGUCCCAGCUAACUCAAGUCAGUCCAUCCAUGCUUUCUCCACCACAACCCUCAAUGACAUUAUGAAAUCCUUCUCCGAUGUCAGUGCCAUCAGAGUGGCUGGUGGAUACCUGCUCAUGCUGGCCUAUGCCUGUGUAACGAUGCUCAGGUGGGACUGUGCCAAGUCCCAGGGGGCUGUUGGACUUGCAGGGGUGCUGUUGGUGGCCCUGUCAGUGGCUGCAGGCCUCGGUCUUUGCUCCCUCCUCGGACUCUCCUUCAAUGCCGCAACCACACAGGUGCUUCCCUUCCUGGCACUAGGGAUUGGUGUGGAUGAUAUGUUUCUGUUGGCUCAUUCCUUCACAGAAACAGGAAGUAAUAUCCCUUUUAAGGAGCGGACGGGAGAUUGUUUGCGUCGCACUGGCACCAGCGUGGCUCUCACCUCCAUCAACAACAUGAUUGCUUUUUUCAUGGCGGCCCUUGUGCCCAUUCCUGCCUUGCGAGCAUUCUCACUACAGGCGGCCAUAGUGGUUGUGUUCAACUUUGCCAUGGUGCUGCUCAUCUUCCCCGCCAUCCUCAGUCUGGACCUCCAUCGGCGUGAGGACAAGCGUUUGGACAUCCUCUGCUGCCUGUACAGCCCCUGCUCUGACCGCGUCAUCCACCUCUCGCCCCACGAGUUGUCAGACGCCAGCGAGCAGCCUCACACGCCCACGACGGGGGCAGCGCACCCGCACCAGUACGCCGCCGGCUCGACAAUCACCACCAGCACGCAAAUCACCACGACGGUGCAAGCGUUCACGCAGUGCGACGCCGCGGGGCAGCACAUUGUCACGAUCCUGCCUCCGACUUCACAGAUCUCCACCAGCCCUACCUCCAUCAUCGUCUGCCCCACCUCCCAGCCUCAAGCCGUCUCACCUUCCCCUACCACCACCUCGGUGCCCGACCCCUACGGCUCCCAGCUCUUCGCCCCUACCUCCAGCUCCACGAGGGACCUCUUAGCCCAGGUGGAGGACUCCAAAUCAGGGAAGAAGUGUGUCCCGCUCCCAUUCCUGCACUGGAACCUGUCCAGUUUCGCCAGGGAGAAAUACGCCCCGCUCCUCCUCAAACCCAAGAGCAAAGUCAUUGUGGUUGUCCUCUUCUUGAGCCUCCUGGGUCUCAGCCUGUACGGGACCACCAUGGUGCACGACGGCCUUUACCUGACCGACAUCGUGCCACGCGACACCAAGGAGUACGACUUCAUAGACGCCCAGUUUAAGUACUUCUCCUUCUACAACAUGUACCUGGUCACCAUGGACGGAUUUGACUACGCUCGAUCGCAGCGGCUGCUGAUUCAGCUGCACAACGCUUUCAACUCUGUUAGAUACGUGGUCAGGGACGGCGACAACAAACUGCCCCGCAUGUGGCUGCACUACUUCCAGGACUGGCUCAAAGGUCUUCAGGCUGCUUUUGAUGCUGACUGGCAGGCAGGCAGGAUCACCGCUGACAGCUUUAGGAACGGUACCGAGGAUGGAGCUCUGGCGUAUAAGCUCCUCAUUCAGACCGGCUCCAAGAAAGACCCUUUUAACUACAGCCAGCUAACCACCCGUCAGCUGGUGGAUGCAGAGGGUUUGAUCCCCCCAGAGGUGUUUUACAUUUACCUGACAGUAUGGGUCAGUAAUGACCCCCUGGGCUAUGCUGCGUCCCAGGCCAACUUCUACCCUCACCCCAGAGAGUGGAUUCAUGACAAAUACGACACUACAGGGGAAAAUUUGCGCAUCCCAGCUGCAGAGCCUCUGGAGUUUGCUCAGUUCCCCUUCUACCUGAAUGGCCUUCGGCAGGCCAGCGACUUUGUGGAGGCCAUCGAGAGUGUGCGUGCCAUCUGCGACGAGUUCAGUCGUAAGGGUGUGCUCAACUACCCAAACGGAUACCCCUUCUUGUUCUGGGAGCAGUACAUUGGUCUCAGGCACUGGUUUCUGCUGUCGAUCAGUGUGGUCCUGGCCUGUACCUUCCUGGUUUGUGCGAUUCUGCUGCUCAACCCCUGGACUGCUGGCAUCAUUGUGUUUAUCUUGGCCAUGAUGACUGUGGAGUUGUUUGGCAUCAUGGGCCUGAUUGGCAUCAAGCUCAGUGCCAUUCCUGUGGUCAUCCUGAUUGCCUCGGUGGGCAUYGGAGUGGAGUUUACCGUUCACAUUGCAUUGGGCUUCCUGACAGCGAUUGGCAACAGAAACAAGCGCUCAGCGGUGGCGCUGGAGCACAUGUUCGCCCCAGUGGUCGACGGAGCCAUUUCUACAUUGCUGGGUGUUCUCAUGCUGGCAGGGUCCGAGUUUGACUUCAUCAUGAGGUAUUUCUUUGCUGUGCUGGCCAUUCUGACAGUUUUGGGGAUGCUGAAUGGCUUAGUUCUGCUGCCAGUCCUCCUGUCCAUGACGGGCCCUCCAGCUGAAGUCACCCCCGUGGACAACGCCAGCUGCCUGCCAACGCCUUCCCCCGAGCCUCCGCUGCCUCCACCCAUGACCCACCACGGCUACUACGCGGGCCACCACAACGCGCAGUCGCCUCGCCGCCAAGCCUUUUCGGAGUCGUCCGACUCGGAGUAUUACUCGGAGCUGACAACAACGUCGGGGAUCAGAGAGGAGGACUGUAAGUACGGCGACCGGAGUGCGUACCAGGCACCGCCCAGCGGCGUUCCUCCUGCAACAUCUCACAUACUGCUGGAGGCCAGCAAGAACCCGAGCUUCCCCAAACUCACGGUGGUGAAGCCAUUCCGAGAAAAUGCGUCCGGCGGGAAGGUCGAGCCGCUCCGUGAAUCCGCUCACAACGCACAAUCGCCUCUCGGCUCCCAGGUGACCUGCUGGGAUGGAAACAAGCAGGAGCAGCAGAGACUGGCGGCUCCGCCUGCGCAGCAUUUACCCAGCGACCGAGCUCACUUGCCUGGGAGGACUCCUCAAAGCGGCCCCAGGCUGCAGAACGGCAGAGGGCCUCAGCCAAACAGGACUAAAGGGCCCAGCUAUAGUCAUAGCAACUCUGCAUCACAACCAGGCUCCGCCGGAGGACCUGUCACCAUGGUUACGGCCACKGCCUCCGUCACGGUGGCCCUGCACCCGACCUUACCGGGGGCGGCGUACCAAGGCUACAUGCAUGAAGGUUUUGACACGGACAGCGAGUUGGACUGUUUUGACGCUGCUAAAAGGACUUGUGACAAAACGAAAUAUUCUUCAUGUAAGAGAGACUCUUUAGAGCUCCAGGACCUGGAGACGGCACAGGGCCCGGCAGAACUUGGCAAGACACAAGGCGAGUUAUGGAUCCAGGCAUCCAAAGACUGCUAGACUCCGUCCCCCACACUGUGUUCUCCCACGUUGGGUCCCUGGUCCCCAGAGCACCUUGAUGUCCACAAAGCAACACAUUAUGCCUUGAACUCUCAACUGUACAUACUUAUACACAAAGAAAAAAAAACAGAGGAUUUACAUCAAGGACAUAAAAACAAUACUUGUUUUAAUAAUUAUAUAAAUCUAUGAGUAUAUAUUUUAAUACUAAAAAAGAGGGAAGCUAUUUAAAAGAGUACUGUAUAACUUGGGUAUACUCUUGUGUAAAAUGUAAAAGAUUAUUUUUAUGUGGGGUGGUUGAUGUUCUUUUUUCUUUUUUCGUUAAUCCGCCACACACUGUAUAGAAUAAGAAAUGUUUCUAUAUGUGUUCGCAAAAAAAAGUGAGAUGUUAUUAGGUUUUUGAACAUACAUGGUCAGUGUUUUAUUUUUGUUUGUAUUGUUACUUUGUUGCUGCUACACUUCAAAACUAUUAUUGCCUUAAAAAGUGCAGUACUCCCCCCCUUCUAUUUUUUAAGGUGAAUGAAUAACUUUCACAGUAUUACGCUGUGAGACACUGCAUCAGUAAGCGUCCCGUCCCCCAGUGUGCACUGUAAACAAACUGUUUUCCUAACAGCAGUAGCCACCGUGCCUUCAGUAUGUCCUCCCCCCACAUCUGUCACAAUCACAGCAUUUGAAGCUCAGUAUUAUAUUCUCACUUUAUUGUAAAUUYGUGUUUGUCUCGACCAGACACGAAGCGUUUGUCUAAAAGCAGUAGCACAUGGAUUUUUUUUAUUGUUUGCGAUCGUUUAGCCAUCGUGCUAGCGGCGUGUCGCCUAUUAAAUCUGCACCAGGUUGUCCCAAUGUCCUCUGCAGUUUGAAACUACUUGAAGGAGCUGUGAUUUUUUUUUUUUUUUUUUUUUUGUAUUUCUCUCCUGCAGUUUUUGUAAGCUCUAAUGUGGGUGGUGCUCUUUUUUAUUUUGGUCACUUUGUGUUUGUCAGAAGUGGCAUAAAACGUCUUGUGUUCAUUUUAAAAGGGAAUUCUAGAAUGCAAAGGGAGAUAUUUUAAUAUAUUUUAUUUUUUCCGUCUUCGGUCCCCUUUGCUGGCUGCUUUAGAGUUGAAACAGUAUUGGUGUUGUUGUGACAUUUAAAUUAUGACAUUACAAAAAACAGUUAAAUCUUUCA